CCCAAUUCCAAUCGAUAAGUCGUGUUAAAAAGUUUGCGUUUAACGUUCAACUCCAUUGCGAACGCCAACGGUUCACCACGUACGCCUACGCAUACUCUCGACGACCAACGCACAAUUCCUCUUGGAACACCUCUCUCGAUGAAGGCUUCAUAUAUCCUCGUAGUAACAGUGGUCCUUUGCGGGCUGUGCUAUGUACCCUGCAGCGUUGCGGUGCCAGCUUUGUCAGGGAGACAGGCGGGAGAUACUAGUAGCAACACCUACCAAACGAAUUCGACGAACAUAAUCGAUGGUACAGCGAACAAAUUCACCAACUUUAAUACAAGGGUCGCCGAUGUGGUCUCGCAAAUCGUACGGUGUAUAUUUUCCACCAUAGGAAAUACGCUACGUUGGUUCAUUUCAACGAUCGAAUCAACGAUCAAUUCAACCUUAGGAAUAGGAGGAAGCUUCGAGAGACAACGAAGAUUGCUACUAACAGCGGUGACGCAUCCCAUACAAACUCUGCAACAAUCGUUCAGCUCUGCUCAAGAUUACGUUAUCCAGGAAGCGCAAGCAGUUGUAUUUGAACUAAUUCAGUGGUUCCUACACUUUAUGUCCACUCGAGGGCUCCCUUGGCUGCACACCACGCUCGAUGAAUUACAAAAAACGCAGGCUUUACCAACCUCCUUUAACCAGUUGAUCGACGGCUUCGACACCAUUUAUGAUCUACUCGUGCUCUUCGGCUUCAUCCAUCCGGCCAGUUAAACAAAGAAUUGCGAAUGACCAAUAAUAAACGAACAACCGUUUAUAAAACAUUCUUUCGUCGAUGGAAAGUACAAUCCGAAUCGUCCUGGUUUGACAUCGUACGCUGGCAUACGGCAGUAGACUAAAAAGUAAAUAAAUUAUCAUGGAAAAAUUGAUUUAUCCGAAUAACUGUUCGAUCGAAUAAAUUUAAUGCGAUGUCCAGUGUACCUUUUGUAAUGUGUUUAUUUCAUUUGUCAAAUGUACUGCAACAGAAUUAGAAUAUACCAUGUUAUCGCUCCUA